AUGAGCUACUACCUGCCUGUUGAGGUGCUGGAGCACAUCGUCUCCCAUCUCGAUCCUAUGCAGCCAACGAGGUCUCACCGAGGGCCUGCCUGGAGAGGCGAUGCACAAGCUCGAAAGGCGUUGAAUGCACUUUCUGUGGCAAGCAGAACUUGUUGCCGGAUCGCAGAGCCUUACCUGUACAGCUCCAUCGAUAUCGAUGGCUCUUUGGAGAGCUUCGGGUCCCUCGAAUUACUCCUCCAGACCUUACUGCGCAGACGCGAGCUGGCAUUGCACGUCCGUCGAAUCAGAGUUGGCGACUUCGUGCCAGACCCGGCGGACCCAGGCGGCAAAUCAAGACUCAUUUUCGUCAACCUCAAUGGCGGCGAGACUCUCACACCAAUAGCUCUGUGGGAUGAAGUACCGAAGAUCGUAUUGGAUAGGAGGUCCUACAACGACUUGCUGCGCGACAAAGGCCACUUCCCGGCGAUCAAGUUCCUGGAUGGCACCUACACUUUAGGAGCACGUCAUGGCUGCAAGGACUAUCGCAUUCCACACCCAAGGAGAUUCUCAGCAGUCAAGGACGUGUAUGCUACGUGCGAUCACUACUUCAGCGAACAUGUCGGUAAACUACUUUCCGAUUCAAACUACUCUACCCUCGACGAAAUCGCAAUUGAGCUCUUGUCGCAUCUUCGAGCGCAAUACCUCGAUGAGAAUGGAUCGAUAGACCCGCACCGCUAUAUCACGAUACCGGAACUUCACUCAAAAAUCGUGCAAGCACAUUGGCAAAAAGAAGCCACCGGCCGGAGUCGUUUGCGCGACUUUUCCUCUCAACAUGGAUGGAUCCCAGCUAUUCAUGAAGCCGGCAUGAUUACAAUCAGGCGGAAAAAGAAUCCAUCCUAA